UUUUAAACGCAUGUUUUAACUAAACAGACAAUACAUCCUAGCUCGUUUCUCUUGUGUUGGACUACGUGCAUCCUGCAUUUUGGGCAGUUUGGGGAAGUGCGGCAGUAGGUAUAAAAGUCUUUAACAAGAAGACGACCGAGGCUCUUGCUCACUCAAUUGAUAAAUAGACUGGCAAUGACUAUGUUAAUAUCUUUCUGACCACACCUGCUAAUGGACUGAGAGGUUACUUCAAUAAAUGUUUCAUUUCUAUAUGUGGACUAGUGCCAAUGCUGCAGAAAAGCCCAACGUCCCGAUUCCAGGUCACUGUGCCCCCCAAAUUUGUGCUAUCACUGUCCUGCACCAUCACCCGCUUGUUCAUCUCUCACUUCAUGGGGCUGUUUUUGCUUUCUCUGACCCUGUUUUAUAUCUUGCCACAGACUGCUAGAAUUCGUUUCAAAUAAAUCUGUGCUUUUUAUUUAUGGACCAAAUCUAGAACUGCGCAAUAACGGCCUCUGCCCAACAUAUGGUGCUGUUGGGAGUUUUAACCCUUACAAGAAACUACAUGUCACUGAGCUCUCAGGAUUUAACACAAGGACUUUCCAAGUGAGUUUGCUCUCAGGAUUUAAACCAAGAAUUUACAUCCAGGUCAGUUUUAUACAAGCAUCAAACACCCGAAAACCAUCUGUGCUCAUGUAAAUAACAGAUCAUGAGCUCAGACAGCUUCCAGUACCGUGCACUGUUCGAGUACAAACAGGAGAGGGGUGACGAUAUCUCUCUGCAGCCUGGCGAUCUCCUUACGGUCAGUAAGAUGGCACUGCUGACGUCCGACCUCCAGGAGGGGGACGAGAAGUGCCCAAAGGGCUGGCUGCAUGGCACCAAUGAACGCACUAAGGAGAAAGGCAACUUCCCUGGCACCUUUGUGGAGUAUGUUGGGGUCGUGAGGACGAGCCUUACUUCAGGAAAGCCCUGGCUGAGACCUGUACCGCCAACACCUGUAGGGCUCCUGCCCCCAGGGGCCUCUGCUUCAGAGGGCCCCUGUGGAAAGGGAGAUGUUGUAGAGCAGUGCGCUCUGCCUGACCAGACCCCAGCUGUGGUGCUCAGGCUGACGGAGGCUCUAGAGAGACUGGACUGGGAGAAUGAGCCACUUUACCGGUCUGGCCAGACCUCCAUUGGACCACCAGAGUUACUUCAGGCUUUGGAAACAGACCCAGCAGAAGUGGAGUUUGAGCAAUAUGAACUGUCCAUUUUGGCUGGUACUCUUAGGAGUUACAUUCAGGAAUUACCCUGCCCACUCAUCCCAGCUGUAGUGUACAGUGAGCUGGUCUACACUGCUCAGGAGACCCAAAGCAUAGAGGAGUGUGGACAGCAGCUGAAAAGAAUCCUUGACUCCCCCAGUGUGCCUCAGGCUAACCACCAGCUCCUGGUUCAUCUGACCCGACACCUAAGCAAGGUGGCUGAAAGUCGGGGAGCAGCUCAGGCAAGCCCCAGGCUUCUGGCUCUGGCCUACAGCGAGGUCAUCUUCAAAAACAACCACUUCAGUGCGGAUGUAAACCCAGAACACCAUGUGAAGAUUCUUGAGGCACUUAUCACGGUUGGAGGCCUAGUGGAGAUACAAGCUGCUCCAGCACUUCCUCCCAAGCCUACAAAACCCAUGACACCCGUAAACGGCAACGGUGUGAAAGAAGCCGCCAGCGGCUCAUUGCACGAAGCAGAAUGGUACUGGGGAGACAUAUCAAGGGAAGAGGUGAAUGACAAACUGAGAGACAUGCCCGAUGGUACUUUCUUAGUACGGGAUGCUUCGACCAAGAUGCAGGGAGAUUACACGCUAACACUAAGGAAAGGUGGAAACAAUAAGCUAAUAAAGAUCUACCACCGAGACGAGUACGGUUUUUCUGACCCGCUCACAUUCGGUUCAGUGGUGGAGCUCAUCAGUCACUACAGGCAUGAGUCACUGGCCCAGUACAACACCAAACUGGACGUUAAGCUCAUGUAUCCGGUCUCCCGCUUCCAGCAGGAUCAGCUGGUAAAAGAGGACAACAUUGAUGCAGUGGGGAGGAAACUCCAGGAAUAUCACAAUCAAUAUCAAGAGAAAAGUAAAGAAUAUGACAGACUCUAUGAGGAGCACACAAAAACCUCACAGGAGAUCCAGAUGAAACGUACUGCAAUAGAGGCCUUCAAUGAGACCAUUAAAAUUUUUGAAGAACAGUGUCACACACAGGAACGCUACAGUAAAGAAUACAUUGAGAGAUUUCGCAGAGAGGGCAACGACAAAGAGAUUGAGAGGAUCAUGAUGAACUACGAGAAGCUCAAAUCACGUUUGGGUGAGAUUCACGACAGUAAGACCAGGCUUGAACAGGACCUGAAAACGCAAGCUAUGGACAACAGGGAGACGGACAAGAAAAUGAACAGCUUAAAACCAGAUCUUAUUCAGCUCAGAAAGAUAAGAGAUCAGUACCUUGUUUGGCUCAAUCAUAAAGGUGUUCGACAGAAACGAAUAAACGAUUGGCUGGGGAUCAAAAACGAGAACACUGAUGACACCUAUUUUGUAAGCGAGGAGGAUGAGAAUCUGCCACAUUACGAUGAGAAGAGCUGGUUUGUUGGUGACCUGAACCGAACGCAGGCGGAAGACUUGCUACUCGGCAAACCUGAUGGAGCCUUCCUCAUCCGCGAGAGCAGCAAGAAGGGCUGUUACGCCUGCUCUGUUGUUGUGGAAGGCGAGGUGAAGCACUGCGUCAUCUACAGCACACCCCGCGGAUAUGGUUUCGCAGAGCCCUACAACUUGUACAGCACUCUAAAAGACUUGGUUCUGCACUACCACCAGACCUCACUGGUCCAGCACAACGACUCGCUCAAUGUGCGGCUGGCGUACCCAGUGUAUGCACAGAUGUCCUCAGGCCCCCGGAGAUGAAGACUUGCCCCCCGCCCAAAAAAAACAACAACUCUAGACUCAUGGGAGGGUGUUCUGAACAAAAAAAAAACAUAAUAACAAAAAAGAGAGAAACACUUGCUGCAACACACACGUCAGCCACCUUGGAGUUAUAUAUUUUUACAAGAACAAUUUGGAGGGCAUUCUUUCUAAAGACUGCUUGAUUUGCACAAGGAAGUUUUAAAUGUUUGUGAAUGUGAAAAAAAAACAGAAGGAAGCAGAGGAGGCGAGUUUCAGGUGACCUGCGCUGCUACCUAAACUCCAGCUGGGACUUUUUUACAUGCUCCAUUUUAGCUUAAGCUUCUUUUAUUUUUCUUCCUGCCUUUAUUUUCUCACAUCCUUCCAUUUUUCAUUCAGUGUUUUUUUUUUUUUUUGGUCUUUUUUUGUCUCCUUCUGUAUUAUAUUUGGUUUGCAUACUAAACUAAAUAAGGCAGGAAAAAUAUUUAGUUUGUUUAAAUUUCUUCAUUUCUCUCUCUUUCGCUCUACGUUUAAAAAAGGCAAAAACUAUGUAGCAAACAGACGACUGACACUUUCCAGAGUGUCCUCACAGUGACUGCUGCUGAAUGAGGGAUUGUGGGAUGGUUUGGGAGGGCACAAGUGAAAAUGUGUUGUAGUCUUAAAAAGAAAAGCUUGUUUUAAACUAACCUUUGAGGUGAUUAUUUUUUGUCCUCGCUUUCUGUUUGACUGGAUUAGGUUGUCCUUUCUAAGCAGUUAAGAUUGUUACAGUUCAGUACAGAGACCAAUGUUGGCAUGGGGAGGACUUUUUUUUUUUUUUUUAAUUUUGGCUUAUAUUAAUCAAGUGGAAAGAUGCGCAACACAAAUUUUUUUACAAACCAAAAUCGCAUGCAUAGACACAUUCGACAUAAAGCACUUAUAUAGAAAUAUGACCGCUGCACGUGUGUACACCAAAUUUGAAAUAAAAAUUAUUAAUGUGUGGUUUUUAACUAAUGUGGCAUCUUAAUGCUUAAUGUCUGGUCUAGAGCAAUUGGAUUUGUGUAACUGUCAGACAUAUGUGCAAGAAAAUGUUCUUUAGUAAGCGGGAGCAGCGUUAUAUCAGAUGUGCUUUUGUACGUAACUUGGAAAAAAAGUGCAAUCCAGCUUUUGAUGGUAGAGAUGUGGUCUGUCAGAGAGAUACACAAACUGCUCUCAGUUGCAUCAAAGGCGAUAAUCACUUGAACCUUUUGAAGAAUUUCCUUUGAGAAAAAAAAAAUUCCCCUUUAUUGCCUAGUGCUUCUUUUUUUUUUUUUUUUUUAGCAGGUUGACUCGUUCUGUAUCAGAAAAGAGAAAGUACACUUUUCAUUGUUUGGCUGCCUGUUGGUUUUAAUGUCGCACAAUAAAACCUUUAUGAAAAUAUAUUCACAGUUAAAUGCACAAUAUUCACUGUCGGUACGUCAGUUAUGUCAAUUCCAUUUACUUUUUGGUCUUCUGGCAUGCAUAUGUCCAGUUGAGAAUUUCAGUUCACAUUUUCUUUUGCUCUCAUAGUUUCCCCACAUUUUACAGUUUGGUCAUAUGUUGCAAGCAGACUGUUACAGUUUUACAGGCCAUUGACCAGCACAGACCCAACUCACCUCUCAAUAAAAAUGAAGCGAAACUGAAUAAAUCUGAAUGACAUUAUUUGUCAAAACACUCAUGGCUUUUCAUAACUAUUUUAUGUUUUGACGCAUUGCAGCGAAUUUGUGCAAUCUCCUUUGUACGUUUUCGUAUAUUUGCUUGAGGCCAAUUUGAUGGUUGGUUUCUUUUUCUACAUGAAUGUUACAAAUUCACAUGAAAUCGCCAAAGCAAGAAAUGGUUAUAUUUUAUCAUGAGACCAGGUUGUUAUUUGUUUCUGAAGUGUUCACUGUGUUAUUUGAGAAGGAAAACUUGGUUAGUGGGUGAAUUUUAUGGUGAUUGGCCCAAAUAGAAAGAGCAUUCUGUCAGAUCAGCUGUUGAGAUGAACAUACAACCUAAUGAAAACCACAUGCAGACAGGGCAACGGAUGGAGGUUUUUUUCCCAUCCGCUAUUUAUUUAGUUGCCCUUCCUUUUGCUUUUGCAAGUGAAGGGUUGAUUUGGGAUUAUUGACAGGACUCUGUGUUCUAGUCUUGUCUACUGAACCAUCGCUGUGGCACGACCUGAAUCAGCUGCUUGAUUUUGGUUUGGCUGUUUCCAAAUACGUCUUUGGUGUUGCCAUCAUUUCUAUGGACAGUUUUGGGUUUCUGUGUUCUAUAGCAUAGGUCCAGCUUUAUUUUCUUCAUUUUAUUCUAUCCCCUAAAUGUUUCUGAGGGUCAAAUUUAUGUUUUUGUUGUUGUUUGUUUAUUUGUUUGUUUGUUUGAAGCUGGGGCCUUGAGCGGGUCCCUGUUUAUUACUUGAACUCUUGCAUCACUCACCAUUGAAUGUCUUUAAUACAUAGAUACAUUUAUUAAAACACAGGAAAUCCCUAUUAUGGCAUGAAUGGAUUGAGUAUAAAACGUGUGAACAUUUACUCUUUAAGACUGGAACUCAUCUUGUGUGUUUUGUUGAAAGUAAAGGGGUUUAUUUAUGGUCACAGAGCUCAAAUAUGAUUAUUGGAGUCCAAUAUAGCACACAUCAUAUUUGAAAGUAUUAGAGUUAUUUACUAGGCUGGUCACAAGCUUAUUUUAUGUUAGAAAAUUCACGCCAUGUUCAUACCUGACAUUGUUUGAAGAACUGUUUGGAAAAAGAAAAAUGUUUUGAUCACCUUUUUUGCUAUUUUUAUUUUUUCCCAGGCAUUGAGACCAAAGAUUUAAGUUUGAUUUGUUUUAUUUUCUUGCGUUGUACUAGUUUUGAAGAGAUGCAUAAUCUUUUUUCUUGUAUUUCAAUUGCCUUGCUUCCAUGAAAACUUAAUUUUGUGUCUUAGGUUUUGGUUUGCUAUCGCUAGCCCUCGCUUGUCUGCUAAUAACAAUGUUUGUAUUACUGUCCAUGUAUUUAAGGGUUCACUGUGGAUUGGCUGGGGUGAAUUUUUUGCCAUUUUAAAACUGAUGACAAUUUGUUUACUGAAAUUUCUCAAAGUGAACAGACUGGCCUAAAGCAAUUUUUUUUUUUCACUCACUAUUUGUAAAAGGUAUACUUUUUUUGUGUGUGUGUGCCAUCAUAGUUUUUCCUUGUCAUGUAAACCACCUUUAAAGUCACCAAAAUCAAGUGUUUCUAUGCCUCUUUUAUUUUAGUCUCGCAUUCACAGACUCCAGCCAUUUCUUUUUCUUUCUGUUUUGUAAAAUUCAUAUAAAGAAAACAGACAACCCUAUACCAUAGAAAUGUUUUGUUUGUUUUUUUUAAGAGAAAAAAAAGUGAUUUUCAUUGUCUUCAGGGCAAAAAAAAAGAAUGGGGUUUGUUGGCUUUUUUGUUCCUAUACUAUAAAAAGCAAGAAUUCUUCGGGUUUUCGUUUUCCUUUCGGAAGAUUUCAGGGACACAAAGCAUUGCAUUGGGAAAUCGUAUGAGAGACACAUUUACUAGAGUGCUUUUUUUGUAUUGAAGUGGGAAUGAGGGAAGCUCACACAUUAGAACAAGCUUACAAAAUCAACAGUGCAUUGCUUCAAAAGCUCAGAGGGUUUAGACAUGUACCAAAACAACCUUAUUUGACUCGUAACUGCUCGAGUUUUCAGUUAAACUCGAUACAAAGCAGGUGCUAUGAUUAGAAAAGCUGGUUAUGUUUUUUGUUUGUUUGUUUGUUUUUUCCAGACUGUUAACUAGCACUGGCUAUUGCCCAUAUGUGCAGUUCUGCAAAGUUUUAUUUGCAGUCAGGUUUGAAUAUGUUGUGAUUCUCAUUGGGAGUCUUUUGUGUUCAGACCACAGCUGUCCCACCAUGAUAUCCAGCACAUUUCUUAUAUAUAUAGGUAUAUCUAUUAAGAAAAAAAUAAAUUAAAAAAAAGUUUUUCACAAAAAAAAUGAAAAAGAAAAAAACACUCGCCUUCCCACUUUGACAUACGUAAAACCCAGCAUGCUUCUUUUGGUACUCUUGACUGUUGUUGUGUAAAAAAUUUAUAAAUAAACAAACAAAAAAAGUAAAACUAAAAAAAAAAAAAGAUGUGGAACAAAAACUGUUAAUUGUCUGUUUAUGGUGUAGUCAAAUAUAAAUUUUAAUAUAGCUUAUGAGAAAAGACUGCUUUUUUACCUGACAUAAUUUGGAGCCCUUUGUUGCAGUGACUAAAAGCAAAAUGAUGUUUACAAAAACUGAGACAGAGGAGCUGAAGCAAUAGACAACAGCGUGUUCAGUAUCGUUUGCACAACCUGUACCGACUCCGUAACGUAUAAAUGCAUCUCAUCGAUACCUUUAAACUCAAAUGUUUGCUUUAUGUCACGCUCGGAUCAUCUUAUUGACCAAAUACACUUUAUUCUGCAUAAAACUAAAUAUUUCCUUAAAACACCAGUAGUGUUUUUUUUUUUUUGUUUUUUAUCUCUGGACUUUUAUAGACUCAGCUUGAGCAAUAAGCCAUGGGCCCUCGAUGUCCAAGUAUACUGCAAUGAAAAUAAACAUGUUGCUCCAGCUCCGCUUGAAACAUCCUUCUAUAACCAGUGUUUCAUGUCUUAUUCAGACAAGUUAUGGCACAAAAGGACAUGAGACACUGUAAUCUAUUAUAGAUGUCAGAAAUCCUCUCUCUCAGUGUUUGAAUAUUAUUGUUGCUUCACACUUAUCAGUAUUAUUCAGUUACGAUUUCCACCACAAAGCAUUUUCUUGUAUCUGUUUCAAUAGUUUGUAUUGGUUGUAGACUCUCCAUUGUUAUGAGGUGAACUCAUGUAUAUAUUCAAUGGAACUCCACAUUAUUCAGUUCUCUUGCAGAAUAAAGAAAAUAUUUUGUUCAAAA